AAGAGAUAGGCUUAAUAAAGAAAUGAAUCUCAUUUCCCAAAAUCAUGCUCCUUUCAUCUAGUCAUGGUUGCUUUCUUCUUGUUUCCUACACCAAGAUUAUCUUUUACUACUCCAUCUUCAGAAAAGGAAUUGGGAUGAUUUAAAGACUGAGAUUCUCGGUAUUAAACAGUCAUGGCAAAAGAUCAAACUGCCUUUUUCAGUUUUCGAUCUUGUUGCUGUAUUCUUGUUUUUCUCUGUGCUUUCUCACCUAUUCCUCUUCUUUACUGGUCUUAUUUCUUUGGCUAUGGCUAUUCCUACAUCCAAAUGACAGUGAACAAUGAAAACAAACCAAUUAAUCUCCUUAAAUUCUCAAAAGCUUGGAACCAUCUUGUCUUUUCAUCAAAACCACCUCAAAAACUCCUUAAAAUUGCUCUGUUUGUCAAGAAAUGGCCUGAUGAACAUCACGCAGGAGGACUUGAACGACACGCCUUAACACUCCAUCUAGCCUUAGCCAAACGUGGCCAUGAGCUUCAUAUCUUCACAGCUUCAACCUCCAACUCAUCCUUUCCUUUAUACCGAAUGAGCAAUCUCCAUUUUCAUAUCUCGAGGCCUACUGCUGCGGGAUAUCUUGACCAAGCUGUUAUUUGGAAGCGCUUUCAAGUAGAAAACGCGACAGAAAGAUCCUUUGAUGUGAUUCAUACAGAGAGUGUAGGCCUCAGGCAUACUAGAUCAAAUAACCUGAAUAAUCUUGCAGUUAGCUGGCAUGGAAUAGCUUAUGAAACUAUACAUUCUGAUAUCAUACAAGAACUUGUACGAAAUACUAAAGAUCCACAAUCAAAUGCUUUGACUGAAAGAGUGAAGAAGGUUAUCGAAGAGGUAAAGUUUUUCCAAAGUUAUGCUCAUCACGUUGCCACGAGCGAUCACUCAGGAGAUGUACUUAAAAGGAUCUAUAUGAUCCCAGAAGAACGCGUUCAUGUCAUUCUAAAUGGUGUCAAUGAGGAGAUAUUCAAGCCUGAUAUUUCGAAGGGCAAUGAUUUUAGGUUAAACCUAGGAAUCCCAAGAUCAAAGUCCCUAAUCUUGGGGUUAGCCGGGAGGUUGGUUAAAGAUAAAGGACAUCCUUUAAUGUUCGAAGCCUUACAACAAAUUUUCAAAGAAAACUCAACAUUCAGGGACAAUGUCAUUGUACUAGUUGCUGGAAAUGGUCCGUGGGGUGCUCGAUACAAAGACCUCGGAUUAAAUAAUGUGAUGGUUUUGGGACCAUUGGAACAGGCUCAACUAGCAAGAUUCUACAAUGCAAUAGAUGUAUUCAUAAACCCAACAUUAAGAGCUCAAGGUUUGGAUCAUACUUUGUUGGAAGCAAUCCUAACUGGUAAGCCUUUGAUAGCGACGAAACUUGCAAGUAUUACGGGGUCUAUUAUUGUUAGCAAAGAGAUGGGGUAUACAUAUGCACCUACAGUAGGGGAAUUGAAGAACGUCUUGUAUGAGGUUUGGGAGGAUGGAAGGGAAAUUCUGAAGCAGAAAGGGAGAUUUGCUAGGGAGAGAGGUUUGAAGUUGUUUACUGCUACCAAAAUGGCUGCAGCGUAUGAAAGGCUUUUUCUUUGUAUCUCAGGUGAUGUAAAGCAAGCAAAAAAGCAUGAUAACUAUUGUAUUUACCAACCUCAGUUUAAUUGACAGAAGGUCCUAUAUUCUGUUUUCAGACAUAUGAUGUGGUCUCAAAGCCGUUUUGUCAAGCAAUGAUUAAAUCAACAGAAAAUUAAACAUCAGCCAAUUUUCUGCCUUGUCACAUUUGGAAGAAAUUGCAGAACAUGUAGAAGGGAAAAGCUGUAUUGACAGUAAGCUGCAUAAAGAGAUAAGAGCUUUUCCUUAUAAAAGA